AAUGCAAUGGUCGACCGGGGAACCAGGAAAGACAAUAAUCAAAACUAUGGCAAAUGAAAAAUCGGAAAAGAAUGAAAAUCCAGCUGAAACAGACAUACUUAUCCAAUUCCGUCAGCGACAAUAUUCUAACCAGGAAGAUGGAUUUGAAAAUAUUUCCUCAAGCCAGAAUCCUGUGUUAAAUAACCCCUCUCGCGGAGAAACAGACUUCUUAAAUCUCGAAUCCAGUUCAGAUACCAAUCGAGACUUGGAUAAUCCUACUGCAGUAGCGGUUGGAUGGCAGCAAAUCUACGCAAGAGAUACUAUUAUAGCUAAAGUUAUAAACAUAAUUCAUCCAGUCGUCGUGUUGAUAGUUAUUUUAGUGGGAUACGUAAUACAAUAUUCUGCAUGCUUUCAAAGAAGUGGAAUUAGUCAUGAAAAUAUUAAUGGAACUUGCAAAAAUUACAUUAUUAGCGAAUAUAUUAUACCCGAUAUUUUCCAUUUGUUAGCUUAUAUUGUAUCCUUUAUUAUGCUUCGGAGUGCUCAAAGCGAACAUUUAAACAUGCUGAUUCAAAAAGUCUUUCUCUUUACCACAUCUUCAGACCCUAGUGGUUUGAAAAAACAUGGAAAAUUAAUUCGAACUUUGACAUACCUAUUCAUAGCUGGUUUAAUUUGGAUAGCAUUGUCUACAGGUGUAUGCGUAAUUCAAAUUGUCCUAACUUAUAAUGAUAUUCCGUUUUCAUUUCUAAGUCCCGAGAACAAGACGGGUAGAUUCUUCCUUUUUAUUUUAUUGGUUUUAAGUUUUAUAGCUCUAGAUAUUAUAUACAUGGCUGUAAUUAUUAACUAUUGUUUGCAAGCCUUUUUAAUUACGGAAUUUAUUGACGCUAUCAUGGAAAGACUUAGAAAGGGAACGUUACAAAUGACAAAUGCUUUAAAGGAAGCAAAUGAAGUAACGAAUAUUUUGCGGACAAUUAAUGAAAAAACAGCAUUAGCCUUAUCGUUGGUUUUGCUUAAUUUUUUACUAAUGGGAGUUACCAGUAUGUUAGUUUUGUUUGGAGACACCAAAUUAGGACAUGUGCAGAAACUUGUGGCGUUCUUAAAUGUUAUAGUUUGGUUUUCUGGUGCUGUUCCGCCUUUUAUAAUGGUUUGA